UUACUAAACCCUUACAAAAAAUGCUAUUUUAAAAGAAUGGAAGAGGGAAUGAGCUAAAGAAAUGCUUCCUUUGCAUCUAUAGACUAAACUGUUGAACAAAAGCCCUAGGAUUUUGAGCAGUUAAUGUCUGAAGUUGGACUUCCUUGAGCAUCAAAAGUGUUGACUUUCUGCCAUUUCACUACCAGCUACAUUAGAUUGUAUAUGACAGAGUGAUCAGUGCUGAAUCAGCCUAAUUUUUAAUUGCCACUUAAAGCAGAGAAUGUCCAAAUGAUCCAUGCUUAAGCUAACAAUUGGUUGCAUAACAGGGGCAAUGCUGCAAUAUCACUCAGCUGAUUAAGAGAUGCGAAGACUUCUUAAAUAUUAUACAGACGAUAAGACUUAAUAUGAAGCUCCUGGGAAGCAUGCAGACACUUAGUCACCAACUCUAUAACAAACAUCAACAGUCAUCUUCAACUCUAAGCAAUUAAGGUAGCAGGAAGAUUUAGCCAUGGAUUCCCCUCAAAAGUCCAGGCCACUCUCCUUCAACAUUUUCUUGCUUUACCUAUUUUUAUCUACAAAUCUUCUAACAUAUUUUGUCUCCACAAGACUGCAUUCUUCUUCCUGUACUCUAAAUUCCAACAUAGACACUAUUAGUACCAUUGCUACCAACACUAUUACUGAACCCAUCAUUAGUCAGCAUGCACAGCAAGAUGAGACGCAAACAACUGCAGACCUUCCAGCGGAGUUCCUUGCUUUCACGUCUCCACAGAAGCUCCCCUUUGGAUUCAACACAAAUUUCAACUCUGACAAAAUGAUACCUCCAGUUGGACAUGCUUGCACCCUCUUUCCUGAUAAGCUUAGUCGAUAUAUGUCGUACAAAGUCAACGGGUCCUGCCCUGAUGAUGAACUCCUGGCCCAGAAGCUUCUUCUGAAGGGCUGUGAGCCACUCCCACGCCGCCGUUGCCGUCCAGCUGCCCAGAAGGAAUAUGUGGAACCUUACCCUCUUCCACAAAGCUCAUGGACCACACCAUCAGAUUCAUCUGUUGUAUGGACUGCAUAUUCUUGCAAGAACUACUCGUGUCUCAUUAAUCGAAUGCAUACUCAGAAAGGUUUUGAUGAUUGUAAAGACUGUUUUGAUCUUGAAGGUCGAGAGAAACAUAGAUGGGCAGGAACAAGCAUCAGUGACGGCCUUGACUUCUCCAUAGAUGAUGUACUGGCAGUAAAGAAACCUGGCACCAUUAGGAUAGGGCUGGAUAUUGGAGGAGGCGUGGCCACAUUUGCAGUAAGAAUGAGAGAAAGGAACAUAACAAUAAUAACGACAUCCAUGAACCUGAAUGGUCCUUUCAAUACUUUUAUAGCAUCAAGAGGGGUGAUACCUUUGUACAUAAGCAUUUCACAAAGACUACCAUUCUUUGACAACACAUUGGAUAUUGUCCACUCAAUGCAUGUCUUGAGCAAUUGGAUACCAACAACACUGCUUCAUUUCUUGUUCUUUGACAUCUAUAGGGUGCUUAGACCUGGGGGACUCUUCUGGCUUGACCAUUUCUUCUGUGUUGGUGAUCAGCUGGAACAGGUUUAUGCACCUCUAAUAGAAAGCAUUGGGUUCAACAAGGUGAAGUGGGUAGUAGGGCCAAAACUGGACCGAGGGCCAGAACUCCGUGAGAUGUAUCUUUCAGCAUUAUUACAGAAGCCACUAAAGAAUUCUUGGUGAUUGUAUUAGCUAAUUUAUUACAUGUUGAUCAAUUUCUCAUUUCUCUCACUCGAUAAUUUUCUUUUUUCUUUCAAAUUUUGAAAGGAAAAAAUUUUUGUCCACAUUCCUACUUUUAAUUUAUGGCAAAAAGUAAAGCUGCAGAUUAAAUACAGUUCCAAGUUAAUUCAGCAGAUUAUGUCUUCUAGGCUCAAAUUUAAGGGCCUCUUGUUGUCUGGAACUUCUCACCUUCAAAUGAACCUUUUUAUUCAUGUAAACUAACAGUUCAAACACCAAUUUUAAUAUAGAUCCUAGAUCUUUCUACCUUACAUACACUUCCUCUUUUAAUUUCUAAAUCUUUUGUUUAUUGUGCAUAUCUGACAAAAUAUAAUAGCACUAGUCUACUCUGUCAUGUUGGCUUACUUGGAUUUCAAAUAUGAAGGCUUACUUGAAUUUCGAGUAUGUAUUUGAUAUUUAACAUGUAAUUGCACCUCAAGAUUUCCCUUCAGAUUAUGUUGAAAAAUGUCUGACAUUGAUGGGGCAUUCUGCCAAAAGAAUUAAAGGGAAAUAGCCCAUUACAUUUACACAUAACAAAUGAUUCAGCAUAUCUAUCCACCCUUUUUCCUGCUGUAGCGAACUCUUUGUCCAUCAAGGAACAAAAGAGAAGUGGAUUACAAAAGGCGGCUAUCCUGGCUUGCAAUCUACUUAAAAGGGCACACAGUAAACCAUGCCUAGGUUAAUGAAAUGGACAGGCCUACACAUAUUGGGCAUUUAGUUCUGCAAAUAUUUCUAUGCUUGUAUAAAGAUUACAUAGACAUGUUGAUCUCGAAUGCAAAAGAAUACCGUUUGUAGCACUUGCUAAAUACCUUUGCAAGAGAGAAAGAAGGAACCAGUAGCUGUAUCUUCCAAACUAGGAAUUAACUGGAUAACCCCUAUUGAAAUGUAAGCUUGUUAAUUGAACCUGACUAAUAUGUUAAUUUUCCAAACAAAGUAGGGGAUUUUUAAAUUUCCACUUUAUCUACUGCAGCAUAAAUUCAACCUACACUCACUAACAUGUAUUUCCUUAAAACUCUAGACUACUAUAUGCAGCAUGUGACAGACUCACAGAAUGAAGCACAUCUGAACUUUUUCACGGGUUAAUGGUCUAUUGCCUGGUACCUCAAGUUGUCAUGCGGCUGAAAACUUAUGUGUGGAAAGGAAGUAAGCUGUCCUUAGAGUCCAGCACAGCUUGCCAGAAUGAUAGAUGAAAAGGACAAAGUCCCAAAAAAAAAAAAAAUUUGUUCUGGAGUAUUUGCACUAUAGCCAUUUUCGCUUGGAACAUAUUUCAGAUAUGGAGUCAAAUGGAGAAUAAAUUUUACUUGUGAGACAGGGCCACGCAAAUAUUGAGCUUAGUUGAUCACUAUUUAGUCCCAGUCAGGAUCAUAUCUCAAGGUUAGCUUCUCAUAGCUUCAAUUAUUGUUCCAGCCAUACAGAAGCAAUAGGAAAAAGGUUAUAGUUUUGCACCCGCUGCCUAGUUCCAGCUCAAGAACAGAAGAGGAGGAUUGCUGUAAUAAUUGCCGCAGAAAGCUCAUUGAUGCAAACCAUUACUCGUACUGCUCCAUUGCUUGUCAGGUAAAAUUGCAAGACGGACCCAAUUCAUUCAACAAGUCUUUCAUUUUGUACAAUUUUCUCAUGUUAUGUACAUAAAAGUUUCAGAUAGAGGUCUGCUCAAGAGAUUCAUAUAAUCCAGAAUCUACCUCCCAUGCACUCGAAACACCACCAACAGAGGCAGAGCAAAGCAAACAACUCAAAAGAUCAGGCUCAGAUAGGAGUAAAGGAAUACCAAAGCG